AUGGCCGGCCUUGAGCGGAUGGACUCCGUGUGCGAGGUGACGAUCAUACACCAACUAGCCUGUGAUGCGCGCCCACGCGCUCGAGAUGGAACACUCGACCAAGACCCGUCCAGCCAGCCUCGGGACUGCCGAGAGGCUUGCCCAGCCAGACAGGCCGUUCUGCACCCAGUACCCUCGCACGUUACGCGCAGGUGCCACAUACCAAAGUGGUUGAAAUGCCCGUAUGGACACAGUUGCUGUUGGGCUACAGUCUCUCAUGACGCUUACGGGUCCUCCGGCUGUACUUGCAAGCGAGCCUACGAGGCUAGACACUUUUAUGUCGAGAAGCCGCUUUCAGGAAUGCGGCACAUCACCUGGUUUCCGCUGACAGCUUCGUCGGAAGCCGCUCAUGCGUCGACUCCAGAUGUGUCCGAUGAUAGAAGCCCUCUGGCCAGGUAUUUGGCCUCCGAAGUUCUGUCAGGACUAACGGCAACUUCUGCUGCACCGAGAACGAGUGUGGAGAGCAAUUCCUUUCCCAGCGCUGCGACUCCCUUCACACCAGAAACGACCGCAGCUAGCAACUCCUCCCUCAACGGUGCCACUCCCGUUACACCAGAAACGGCCGUGAUGAGCGAGGAUGGUGACCUCUCCCAGACUGCAUUCAGUAGUCCAGCCAUGCGAAGUAUGGUUGUCACACCGAGUACAGCUGCCACUCCCAGCGCAGGAGGCACUCCUGUGACUGAGAGCCUUGCUAGGGUGGGGUUGUGGCCUGGAUGGGUAACUGCAUCUGGGGUUAGGCCGCCUCCAGGGUUCAUUACGGAAGAUUUUGUCGACAAGGAUCUCUAG